UUUUAAGACGUUCGACAAUUAAGAGUGGUACUUUCGUUUCACGAUGAAAAAAAGUCUAUUUUUAAUAAUAGUGCUUGGUGUAUUUUUUCUGAAAGAAUCUCUCGGCAAACCGAUAGAAAUGUUAACGAAUUCUGAUGUGCUAGAUCCAAUAACUGUGAACAAUGUAUCUGAAAUUGUUGCUACGAGAGAACAGAGAUCUCCACAAUUUGGUUUGUUAAACAAUUAUGGUGACUAUUCUGAUUACGAUGACAAUGUACGUUAUUUUCCUUUCGGAAAUAAGCGAAAGUUGCAUAAACCAUAUCAUCAUAGGCCUCAUGGAUGUCGCCGUUUCGGCUGCGAUGGAGGAUGGCAGCCGAACUAUGGUAACCAUCAUCAUACCGGACAAGGAGCAUCUUUCGCUUCAGCAUCAGCUGGAUCUAUAAGUGGAGGUGGUCCUUAUGGCGGAGGACAGAGCGGGGCUAAUGCACAGAGUGCGAGUUUUAACAUCGGGCCUUUCUCAGCUUCGUUUAGCGCUGCUCAAUCCUCUUCGGGAUACAACGGAUUUUAAAUUUUUGAAAAAACACUAGGAACUGGCCCCGAAGCAUCCCUAAUAUAUUUCGUCGCCAUCGUUUCUCAGCCAUUAUUGUGGGCCUAUUGUUUACAAACAUUCUACGUCACUAGGAACAAGUAAAUAAGCUUAACCACGGGCGCGAGACCACCCCCUUGCCUCCUGAGAUUUCCUGAGAGAGCAAGUUUCCUUUGUCCGCAUGCCAACUACCAGAUGUUCUCCAAAAUAAAACUGACAAAAAUAUCGCGAUGUAGCGCCGCGAUUCGCACACCAACAAGCGAGACGUAGGACAAACCCGAUACAAGAAGGGCAAGGAUGGAGGAAUUGGAAGAUGACAUAGGGGGGAGAAGACGCCGGGUCGCGAGACGAAGGGUCUUUAGAUAAACGGCACAAAGGAUAAGAAAGCCAAAGGGAGGAGGAAGACCCUGUAAAAGAGCGAGGACCUGAAAUCAAGAUCCGAAAAGUCCCGUGCAAUGACCGGACGAACAGCAUGCAUCCUUCGCCGGUGCAGCAUCCUCCGCUUUAGGAUACUCUCUCCUCUUGUCUUCGCUCUCUUUUCUCAGACAGCCCUAUCGAGAACGAAUGCGCGAAUCUUCAACGAAACGCAAAUUAUUUAUUUAUUAUUUUAUGAAAAAUAAAAAAUGAAAAUUAAACGAUUGAUAUUAUGUUUAAUGUGUUUAUUUAAAAUUUUCUUUAUAUUUUACUUAGAACCAUUU